UCGGAAUGGAAGGGUGGUUCGUGCCACAAGGCUGCGCGGGAUACAACAGGAUACAGCACCAAAAUGGAACAGACAGGUUCCCAAGUCCUGGGGCACUUCUGCCAAGCCGGCCACACGCAGAGCAUCUCAGCCGACUUGCGCGCCAAUGAUCCAGUUGCGCUAGUCGCGCGAUGCCCGUCUUGUCCGGGAGAUGGGAUAAUUCUGUUCCCGGAAGGAGGUUGUGGGUGUCCUUAUCCGAUAAUGACCAAGCCAUAGAUCUCGGGGCCGGCUUUGGUGGCAGAGGAGUUGCUCACGUCUGUGCGGAUGGUCAGAAGAUGUUCGACACAGCACGCAGACGCAGCAGGAUCCAGCUUCGGCAUACGCAUAUCUCGAUAGCGGAGAGGAGAGAUCAUGGGCCUGGCCGUGGGCUAGUUCGCGGACAGGCUGUGGCUUUGGCUCGAUCUCGGACGCUCUUCUCAGUACCUCUAUAUCCACUGCAACCGGCUCUUGGAAGACAAGAUCGA